UAAACCUUGGUCAUUGCAGUUGAAGAUUGGUUAAAAGCCGACUUCGAUUCAUUGUCUUCGAUAGACGGUUGUUUUGGCUUCAACGGACGGAGUGUUCCAGAUUCAGAUCUUCUCCAGUUUUAACCGCAUAUCUCGCUCAUUCUCUGAUUCAGUUUUACGUGGUGAUUAGAUGGCGGAAGGGGGAGCCAAAUCAAGAUAUGUGAAGCUGACGAAAGAUCAGGAGCCUUUGCCGGACAUCAAGCCUGGCGAGCUCAACCAGCCCAUUGAGGUUCCUCAGCUGAAUGUUCGUAAAUGCAUUGAGUGCGGACAGGCUUUACCGGAAAAUUUUGAGGCUCCUGCUGAUGAACCUUGGACUACUGGAAUUUUUGGCUGCACUGAAGAUACUGAGAGUUGCUGGACUGGACUAUUCUGCCCAUGUGUUCUAUUUGGGCGUAAUGUUGAGAACUUAAGAGAAGAUACCCCAUGGACUCAACCCUGCAUUUGCCAUGGAAUUUGUGUUGAAGGCGGCAUUGCAUUGGCCACAGCAACAGCAAUCUUUCAUGGCAUUGACCCAAGAACAUCAUUUCUUAUUUUUGAGGGUUUAUUUUUUGCUUGGUGGAUGUGUGGGAUAUAUACUGGUCUUGUUCGGCAAUCCUUGCAGAAGAAAUAUCAUCUCAAGAACUCACCUUGUGAUCCAUGCAUGGUGCACUGCUGCAUGCACUGGUGUGCAUUGUGCCAGGAGCACAGGGAGAUGAAGAGCCGUCUCUCAGAUAAUAUGGUGAUGCCAAUGACUAUAGUCAACCCUCCCCCCGUCCAAGAGAUGAACUCUGCCAGCGAAAACCAGGAUCCUGCAUCAACUCCUGGAAACAACACCACCAAUUUGGAGAUGCAAGCUUUAUAAUAUCCACCAUGCCCAUACAGAAUAAACGCAUUUGAUCUUGGGAGGGUUUCUACCACAUGUUCCCCAUGUUGAAAAAACAUAGGAUUUACCUUUAUACAGUCUCUUCCUUGCCUGUUUGCAUCAAACUAGUAAUUUUUGGCCGUUGUUGAUAGUUGACAGAGGGAAAAGUUGUAUUCAGACAGCCUUGAGAGAGAGAGAGAGUUUGAAACUACACAUUAAUUAUAUAGGUGUACAAAUAUAUUUUUGGUUUCAG